GAUCACCUAAAAUGGGUCGUGCUUGCAGUGUCCCUGGUUGUAAGACUGGGUACAGGUCUUGUAAGGAAAAGUUUUCCACAUUUUCUUUUCCUGAAAAUGAGCAACUGAAGUGUAAGUGGAUAAAUGCCAUUCAUCGGCCACGAGACUUUGAAGUUACCAAGAACACAUGUGUUUGCAUUUUGCACUUUAAAGAGUCACAAAUCAUUCGAACUGUGAAGAAGAAAAAUGCACGGAUUGAAGAUAUUGUAGAACUCGAGCGGCCAAGAUUAACUGAUGAUGCUGUUCCCUCCGUUUUCCCGAAUCAGCCGAGCUACUUCACUACUGACCCACCAACCAAAAGGAAACCUCCAGAGGAUAGACGCCAGUCGUUGGUUGCCAGGGAAGAAGCAGAAUUUAACGAUUGGUGUGCUACGGAUGAAAUUAAAGACUUUUCAGAUUUCCUUAGUAAGUUUCAGAGCAAAAUUGCACCCUCAACAUUUGAUCACAAGAUCUACAACGAUUUUAUUUUGCUUUUUAAAGUUAAUACCAGUUUGAACAAUGUCCCGGAAAUAAUGUGCAGCGUCAAAAUUUUUUGUAAUCUGAAAGUGCAAGUAUAUUUCAGAAACAAUUGCCUUCCCUCUUCAAGAUUUAAAGGUUUCCUUAGCAAAAGUAAUGAGCUGAAGUAUUGGACUGCAUUUGGAAGCCUCAUGAGUCAUGUGAAUGCAAUUUCCCCCACAGACAUUAGCAGUUUUGCAAAUGACAUCCAAGCUUUGUUUGAGCAAAUGGAACUAAUUUUAAAACUCUGGACUCCAUCGGCAGAGAACCCCUCGGUUGUAACUGAGUCAUCAAAACUUACCAAGUUAAAUUUUUUACUAGAGCAGAUGAAACUGUUAACAUUUAUUUGUCCAAGGUACUCAUCAAACCUCUUGCUUUGGGCAAGCUCAAUUUGUUUGUCGUUCCCAAGUGCUUAUUUAUCGAUAAGAAAUGAUGGUAUUAUAACACUUCCGCAUCCAUUACAUAUCAAAAGAUUGACAGGAUCUCUGAAAUCAGAGGUAGGCCUCAGUAAUGAGCAAGUCAAAUAUCAAAGGUCAAGGUCUCUUGGUCUCUGCCAAGUUCGAGAGCCUAGAGAAUGA